AUUGCCAAUGGACGAACUGGUGCAUGACUUGGCCUCAGCCUUAGAGCAGACUUCAGAACAAAACAAGCUGGAUGAGCUGUGGGAAGAGAUGGCCCUAAGCCCACGGCAGCAGCGGCGUCAGCUUCGCAAGAGACGAGGUCGUAAACGACGCUCAGACUUCACGCAUCAGGCAGAGCAUGCCUGCUGCUACAGCGAGGCCUCAGAAUCAAGCUUGGACGAAGCUGUCAAGGAUUGCCGUGAGGUGCUGACAGCCAAUUUCAGUGACUCUGAUGACAUGGCAGUGGUCAAACGACACCCAGCUCUCAGUGCCACCCUGCGGAGCAAGCAACACUCGUGGCAUGAGUCAGACUCCUUUACAGAGAACGCACCCUGUCGACCUCUCAGGCGCCGACGGAAAGUCAAACGUGUGACAUCAGAGGUGGCUGCCAGUCUCCAGCAAAAGCUCAGGGUGUCAGAGUGGAACUACGAGAGGGGCUGCAGGUUCAAGUCAGCCAAGAAACAGCGUCUUUCACGCUGGAAAGAAAAUGCCCCGUGGACAUCAUCUGGUCAUGGCCUUUGUGAAUCAGGAGAGAACAGGCCCUUCCUCAGCAAAGGGGGGAGGAAAGAGCGGAUGGAGUGUGAAGCUGAUGAACAGAAACAGGGCUCAGAUGAAAACAUGUCAGAAUGUGAAACCAGCAGUGUAUGCAGCAGCAGUGAUACUGGCCUGUUUACCAAUGAUGAGGGCCGCCAAGGAGAUGAUGAGCAAAGUGAUUGGUUUUAUGAAGGAGAAUGUGUUCCAGGAUUCACUGUCCCCAACCUUCUUCCCAAGUGGGGAGCUGACCACCGAUCUGAAGUGGAGCGGAUUGACUCAGGCCUGGACAAGCUCUCAGAUUCCACAUUCCUUUUGCCCUCGCGGCCAGCUCAGAGAGGAUUUCAUGCUCGCCUGAAUCGCCUUCCAGGAGCUGCUGCCCGUUGUCUCCGAAAAGGUCGGAGGAGGCUUGUCGGCAAGGAGACCUCCAUGAGCACUCUGGGCACCGAGAGGCUAGGUCAUAUUGUUAGUGAUCCGCGCCAGAAAGAAAAGAACAAAGUGCCGGCUUCUGAUUUCCCACACACUGUGGCCUGUGCACAUGAGUUCAAUCCAUUAUCUCCUCUGUACUCUCUGGAUGUGCUUGCUGAUGCUUCCCACCGAAGAUGCUCACCAGCACACUGCACUGCCAGGCAAGCAAAUGUACACCUGGGUCCACCGUGUUCAAGGGACAUCAAGAGGAAACGAAAGCCAGCUGCAGCCUCCAUGUCCAGCCCAACAUCAGCAACUUUAUCUGUCCACAUGGAUGCAGCAGAGUCAGAGCUACCAGCAACACCAUCCCUGAGAUCCCAGAACUCUGAGUGGACAGGGAAAACACCAGCAGCCGAGAAAGCCACUAUUGCUGCCUCCAGUAACUUUUUUAAAAUGCCACCAGAGAAGAGCCCUGGAUACAGCUAA